AUGGCACACGCCCUCCCACACCAGAUACGGGCCCUCGCCCUCCACCCAGCACCCCCGCCCAUAGCCCAGGUCACAGCCCACAUCGACACACACUUCCCCGACAUCGCCUCCCUCGCACCCCGUCCUCCAGCCCACAAACGCAGAAAGAGAGCCAUCGCAGAUGAGAUACAGCACUGGGAGAAUAAACAGUCUAGAUCACAGACUCAGCUGGACGAAACGACGACAUCAUUACCUUCUCUUCUGGAAAGCACCCAAGAGAGCCUGCAGCGCCUCUUGCAGUCAGCCCAGGAGCUAUCCUUGCAAAGAUAUAAUCUAUCAGACAAGCUCUCUGGACUUGUGGCAUCGAUUUCCGAUGUGGAACAGACGGGAGAGGACAGGCAAACCGUCCUUGGUCAGCUCGAAGCGCUGCAACUGGAACUGAGUAGUCUUGAGGCUGGGUUGACCUGGGUUAGAUUGUUGGAAAGAGCUGUCAAACUGAGUGAGAGCGUCCUGGAUAGCUCAAAUCACAAGCCAUCUCCCUUAGCGGCGGUCUCGUUUUACCGCGAACUCGACGAACUCGCGUACAACAUGCAGUCCAGCCUGCCGAGUGAGAUGGGCCUUGUAGCCACAGUUAUCCAAGUCCGUGAUCAAACUUGGGAUGGCUUGAAGGAGAUCAUGUCCCAAAAUCUUAUUGCUGCCUCGGCAGCAAUUGGGUGGCCCAGAAAGGUGAUAUACGAAGACGUCCCUGCCGAUAAGCGGCGUAGCUUUGAGAGCGCAUACCAGGACCUUUUAUAUCUACAAGCAGAAAAGGAGGACUUGGACGCAGACACUACUGGCCGCCCCCCACACUGGUCCUCCGGAGAUGGUCUCUACCCACUUCAGGCAUUGAUAUUGCCCAUUGAGCAGCGUUUCAAGUACCACUUCAUGGGCAGCAAAGGUACCAACCGAGUCGACAAGCCUGAAUGGGCAUUUGCCAACAUCCUGGACCAAAUAUUCACCCAUCAGGCAUUCGUCGCCACUUAUCUACAGCCACUGACUGCUCAAGCUGGAUAUGAGGUCUCAGUGUCCUCCGAGUUCACCCUACUCCUCUUACCGUUGGUCUUGUCGCUCUUGAAAGCGAGAAUACCACAUAUACUCGAUCAUCCAGCCCUUCUCGCUCACACGGUUUACCAGACAGUCGUUUUUGACGAGGCGGUGAAAGACGGAGGAUUUGCGCUCGAAGAUACAAGCAUCUACGAAGGCAAGGAGGGGCCGCAGUGGGAGGGUCUGACUGGUGUCAUCCUAAGAGAGUCUGAUUGGUUUGAAAGAUGGCUGAUAGGCGAGAAGAACUUCGCCUAUAAUCGAUUACAAGAGAUUAUAUCUUCCCCCGGCGCCUGGGUCAUCAGCGACGAAACUUCUGACGAAGAAGACGCCCAGUCAUCUCUGCAUCCCACUGUUAGCGCCCGACAGACCAAAUCACUUAUCGCCCAGAUCAUUGACCGCUUUACUCCCUUGCCCGACCUCACUUAUCGUCUUCCAUUUUUCAUGACCGUCCAGAUGCCACUUCUCAUUACGUACCAUGCGCGCGUAUCAUCAUCCUUGGAUGCCUUUGAAACGAUUUCAUCAGCGUUCGUCAGGGCUGUCCCGGGUGCUUUGGCAGGAAACACCAGAAGUGGUCUCAAUAUUGACCAAAAGGCGUUGACGAGCGGAAAGGCGGGUGCGGAAAGGCUCUGUAAAGCCUACCUGAGUGCAGAGUGGAUCAGCGAGGCUUUGCGUCAGUGGAGUGAUAGUGUGUUCUUCAUAGAACUAUCUUCUGACCUGCAAAAGUCCACAGCGCUGAAGUGGAAGGUCCAAUCCGAUCCUCUCAUCCCCCAAGCGCUCAAGACACCCGCCAUUCCAGCUUCCGACGACCACGUAUCUGGGUCAAUAUUCGAGGUUUUCAUCGAUCGGUACAGUCAGCUGUCAUCUCGGGCAGAGGACAUGAUCGUGAAACUUGUCACAGUGGAGGUUGAGAAUGAUCUCAAACAACAUCUUACCCGGACUUGGGAUAACCCACCUUCCACUGAGACCUCUGAACCUUCUCCGCACCUCAUUGCUGCCCUGACAACCUAUACUUCGCACCUCUCCGCGCUUCUUCCCCUGCUUCCGCCCAUCGCCUCAUCCAGAGUCUACCGUCGGAUAGUGCAUGAUCUCUCUCGACACAUCCUUCAGCGCGGUGUCUAUUCUGGCUGGAGCAAAUUCAGCGAGCAGGGAGGGCGAGAUUUCCAGAGCGAGGUCAAGGAAUGGCAGGAAGCUACGGCAGAGGCGUUCAGUAGAUACGAAAGAGAGGGCAAGGGCGGGGUGGACAUACCUUUCCAGCUGCCGUGGGUGAAACUGGAACAGGUAGCCGUGAUCCUCUCUUUGCCUACUUCAUCGUCAACGGAGGGAGACGUGCCGACCUUUCCGCAGGCGAUGGCGGCGGCUUGGGCAAAUGAUGCGAGUGCGCAAGCGUUCGGACAGAGGGUGGGCGUGCAGACUGAUAGAACAGAGCUACAAGCUUUGUUGCGAAGGAGAAUGGAGUGCUGGAAAUGA